CACAUACUAGCUGCUUGUUAGAAGAACUAUGAUGUGUGAGAGAAUAAAGACUUGAGGACAUUUUAAACGCAGGCAAGCCACUCUCACUGAAACACUCAGCUAUUGCUUACCUCGGAACCCCAGCUCUGGCCCCGCCCUCUCAAGAUGGCUGAUGCCCUAAAGAACACUGAGCUCCCAGAGUGCCCCACAGAGGGCGGGGCCACAGCAGAGGAGCAGGACAUCUCUCUGAAACCGGAAACCACACCCACUAGCUCACCCACAGGGGAGGAGCCUAUCGGCGGUCGGAGCCCGUCCAUGCCACCUCCUCCUGGUCUGCUUUCAAUGCCUUGUCUACUGAAGGAGCUGCGAAGAGACUCCUCCCCUGAUCACCCACAAGCUGCCUCCCCUAACACAAAAUCACGCCCACAAGAAGACAGUGACUCCUCCCCUUGCCUGCGUUCCCCCUCUUCCUCGGGUCACCUGGGUGACUCAGACACGCUGUCAUCGGCGGAAGAGACAGCCGUCGCACCCGCCCAGACGGCCGGUAGGAAAUCCCGACGCUCUCAUUCCGAGAGCGAUACGUCAUCUGUCGCCAUGGCGGCGAAGAAGAACCGUUGCCAGGAGCGGCAGGUCAACGGGCGUGUGCGGGUUCGGGGUCAGCGGAGCCAGAGGCAGAAGGAACGGAUGCGGAUGCUGCGACAGAAACGAGAGGCAGCCGCCAGACGCAAACCAGACCUGCUACAGGACAGCAGUACCAGCGACAGCGACAUCACCGCCCAGUCUUCAUCAUCAUCAUCAUCAGCCUCAUCAGACAAUGAAGGAGGGACAAUCAGCUCACACGCACCAGUCGGUCCUGCAGUGGUUGGGCACUAUGAUAUCUCAGACACACACUCAGAGCAGGAGAAUCAGACAGGCUCUCACGCAGGUGCUGUAGAUGCAGAGCCUCCUCAGGUAAAUUUACCCUCCAGUGACAGUGAGGUGGAGAUUGUCGGAGUUCAGGAGAAUUCCAGAUUCCCACGUGGUGGAGUGAUCCAGUCUCUCUCUUCUUGGAAGCAACGGGCCCCCUCCCCUUGGGCAGCGGUUUCUACGCAGUCUGGCUGGGCCCCACCCCCUGAAGUGGUGGAUCUCACCCUUGAUGAAGACAGACACAGAUAUUUGCUUUGA